AUGCCUCCGAUUGAUUACUCAAAGUGGGACAACAUCGACACCGAUUCGGAGCCAGAGGCAUCGCCCCAGCAAGCGCCAGCAGCAAAACCCAUCCCGCCGCCCACGCAUGCCUCCCCGCCGAUGGGGCUCAUCGAGGUCCCGCUGGUCCUGGAUCGGACGGGGACUCAGUCCGUCAACGAGGCAGACCUCGACAACCAGAUUGCUACGUACCUCAAUAUUGAUGCCAACUCCGGGUUUGCACCUCCAGACUGGCAGUCACAAGUUGGCACCGUCGUGGUCGCGCGCAAGGACAGGAAGCCAUUUUAUCCGCAGCAUCUCGAAGGAGUGUGGAUGUUCUGCGACCAUAUCCUGGACCUGUUCGGGGAAGGAGACGGGCCGCCGAGGUGGCUUUACAGCCGCCAGGCGUUCGAGGAAUGGUGGAACGUCUACGUGGCGCGUUACGACGUGCGAAAGGUCAAACUAUAA